AUGCAAACACACGUCAACGAAAGCGCGUCAGGGAAACAAGCGAAAACAUGCGCGAAAAGAAACAGAAAGUACAUGUUCCUUAACGAGAGAGAGAGAGUGAAGGACUUAGACGCGAUCCUCGUGCCUGUUGGUAGUGGAGGACUUUUAGCAGGCAUAACAGUAGCCGUCAAGCAUGCUGCGCCGAAUGUUAAAGUGAUUGGAUUGGAGUCAGAAACGUGUCCAACAUUCAUGAUGGCUAUGAAAGAAGGUCGACCGAUUGUAGCCAAACCUCUUCCGUCAUUUGCUGACGGCUUGACUGUGAAGAUAGCUGGAUGCAACGCAUUUCAUACGCUCAAA